UACAGUGUUUAAAAGAAAGUUAAAUUAGACAAAAGUAGCUAUCAAUUUUUGUUGUCGCUGAACCGAUCGAGGUAGGGAUUAAUUACCGGAGCUCAAUCAAAACCCUAAACUCAGUGCGCUACAGUUAGCGCGACGCUUCCUUAUGGCGACUAAACUUAACGCUCUAAUGCAGCCGCAACCGCAACCGCAACCGCAGCAGCAACAGCAACCGCAACCGCCGCAAGAGACUCCUCCGGCGGACGAUGCCCCGCCGAAGCAAGUGGCAAUGGCGAUGGACAGGCUGUCACAAGCGGCUCGCUUAAUCGCUGAUGUAAGACUCGGAGCUGAUCGCCUUCUCGAAGCAUUGUUCAUGUCGGCACAGCCUCAUCAGAGUAAGAAACCAUUGCUAUUGUUUAUCAAAGAAGACGCUGCCAUGCGCCAGCACCUACAGGAUCUUCGUUCCGUUGGAAGGCAGCUAGAAGAGUCUGGGGUUCUUAAUGAUUCUUUAAGGUCAAGAAGUAAUUCAUGGGGUCUACACAUGCCAUUAGUGUGUCCAGAUGGUGCAGUUGUGGCCUAUGCUUGGAAACGACAACUUGCAGGUCAGGCUGGUGCUUCAGCAGUUGAUAGAACCAGGUUAGCUCUUAAGGCAUUUACGGAUCAGAAAAGGCGAUUCUUUCCUCACUUAGAUGAUGGAGUAGAUGGUCAAAAUACUGAAUCAGUGUCUAAGAAACAAUGCAGUCUGCAAGUAGUACCACCGGUGACUCUUCUCGUUGAAGAACUUAGUGAUUGCAAAACACUAUCAGAUGUUUUAACGCGUUUGGAGAAAGAAAUUCCAAAUGUGAAAAUCUCCACUUUUGAGCGACUAGAUUGGUUGAAAAGAGCUUCUUCUUUGCCAGCUCCAGUUAGUGAGAAUCCUAUAGAAACAUCAAAAGAACAUACAUUUCACACUUUAAAUAAGCUGAGAACUGGAUCACAGAGCGCUGUCAGUGUUCCCACAGAUAAGGUUGCUGUAAUUGAGUUGUUGUCUCCAUCUGUCUUUAGAGCUCUAGUGUCCUUGCAUCCGGCUGGUUCUAUUGACCCUGAUGCGGUAGCUUUCUUCUCUCCUGAUGAGGGAGGCAGCUACAUACAUGCAAGAGGUUUUUCAGUUCAUCAUGUAUUUAGACAAAUAACGGAGCAUGCGGCUAUGGCUCUGCAACAUUUUCUUGGGAUCAAGGCUGAAAUAGCUCUGUUUACUCUUUUGCACUGGAUCUGCAGCUACCAAACACUGUUUAGCAAAGUUUGCAGCAAGUGCGGACGGCUACUGGCAAUGGACCGAAAAUCAUCAUUGUUGCUACCUCCAGUUCACCGGCCUUAUCGACAUUUUUCUCCUCUGGAAUCUCCAUCAACCCAACCCAUUUCCUCAACCAAGGACCAGGGUUUGGAUUUCCCAGGGGCUUAUCACACUGGCUGCUUUUCAGAGGAUUUUUAGUGUUGCAGGUUAUACCUAACGUUAGGAGUAAAUUCAUAAAUUUUAUAUGUCAAUCAACAUGCAAUAUUUCUAGUUCACUUGAAAGAAUAGACGGAGGCUGUAUUUUCUCUCAGUCGAAUGUAAUGUCAAUGUGGAAUUGAUACAUGUAAAGAAAUUUUUACCUGUUCUGUUUUC